AUGUCUGCGCAGCCGUCCGUAUACUAUGGACCGCACGUGCUGCUUAGCGUGAGCCCACUUAGUGGGGCGGCCACACCCGUGUUCCCGACGCGUCUUCAGUCGAUUGUUCAGCCACUGUGGGCCAGCACACAUGCACACGGCAACCGUCGGUGUCCGCCCUUCGGCGCUUACGGCGUUUUGGUGCAGCGGGCCACCAAGCGGGAUGCUGAUUGUGCCUUGGUGCUGCCGCCGGCGGGGGCUGCCUCCGGGAAGUGCCGCGGCCUCACGCGCGCAGCCGAGCAGGCGACCAUUCGGAGGUCCGUAGCACAGUCUCUCAGUGUGUCGCUACACCAUGAGCUCUACGCGUACCGUAGACAGAAGUACCUGCUUUCCACGCUGAUGGAUCUGAGGCAUUAA